ACCGGGCAUCCCGCGGUAGAGGAUAGCAUCCGAAGGAUGGAAGGCGGAGUUAAGAGGUGUGAGGCCUUAUGACUUGUCCGUUUCUCUCAUCUCGCAGCUCCCAUCUCAUCUCUCUUCAUAUCCACCCCUGCUGCUCGUGGUGCGCGUUUGCGUUUGCGUUGUCUCCCGGAUUCUCAUCCCUUGCAGUAGCGCGCAGGUGUCACUUGUGCUCCGUCUGGCACCAUGGCCGCCCCCGCUGAUAAGGUUGGAGAUGUGGAAGAGAAGAAGGCUCCGGCCGCGGCGGGUGCUGAGGAGAAAGCUGCGGGCGCAUCGGGCGCUGGAGUCGGUGGCGAGGAGGGAGGAGCCAACCCAUUCGAUUUUUCAGCCAUGUCUGGGCUGUUGAACGAUCCCAGCAUCAAGGAGAUGGCGGAGCAGAUCGCUAAAGAUCCCGCAUUCACCCAGAUGGCCCAGCAGCUGCAGAGCAGCGUGCAGAGUGCUGGAAGCGGGGGGGCUCCCCAGUUGGACCCGAACCAGUACAUCAACGCGAUGCAACAAGUGAUGCAAAAUCCUCAGUUCAUGACCAUGGCAGAACGGCUCGGCAACGCCCUGAUGCAGGACCCCGCAAUGUCGGGCAUGCUGUCGAACCUGACGAACCCCGCGCACAAGGAGCAGCUGGAGCAGCGCAUGGCAGCGGUACGAGAGGAUCCGACCCUGAAGCCGGUGCUGGAGGAGAUCGAGACCGGCGGCCCUGCUGCGAUGAUGAAGUACUGGAACGACCCCGCAGUCCUGAGCAGGCUCGGGCAAGCCAUGGGCGUGGGUGUGCCGGGAGCGGACGGGCUUCAAAUUCCUGGGGAGUCGGCGAAUGAUGAAGAGGAGGAAGAGGGUGAGGAGGAGGACGAUGAAUUGACCGUACAUCACACCGCCAGCACCGGUGACGUGGAGGGUCUGAAAAUUCUUCUACGAGACGGUGCAGACAAGGACGAGAAGGAUGCGGAGGGCAGGACUGCGUUGCACUUCGCGUGCGGUUAUGGAGAGGUGAAAUGCGCGGAGGCGUUGCUGGAAGCCGGAGCGGCAGCGGAUGCGCUGGACAAGAACAACAACACAGCCCUGCACUAUGCUGCCGGUUACGGUCGUGCGGAAUGCGUUGAGCUGCUCCUGAAGAACGGCGCUGCUGUGACUUUGCAAAAUUUGGACGGGAAGACGCCAAUCGACGUGGCAAAGCUGAACAACCAGGACAAGGUUCUGCAGCUGUUGGAGAAGGACGCUUUCCUGUAAAUUGGUGGACGAUGAUGGUGAGCUGUGCGGAGGCCGCUACGAGCAACGUCAGGGGCACAGUGUAGUCGAUUCUCGGGCAACGAGAGUGGAGACCAUUGUGGUUGGAUACCAUGUCGUAACGAUCGUAGAGUUCUUUGCAGGGCGUAAGGUGUAGUUCGUAGUGCUGUGCGGAGUAUGACGUUGCGCAGCUGUAGUUGUGAUUUUUGUUAGAGCGUCUAUCUGAGUCGUGUAGGUUUUGUCACGGUCGCAUCCUGUGGCCCGUCCGCGCACUGUGUGUAUGUAUGUUUUCUUGAACAUCGGUUUAAGGCGUCACAAUCGAGAAUUUUAGCGAGGAUAUGGGAGCUUGAUGUGAUAAUAGUACUAAUUUUCGCGAGGGUAUGGGGGCUUAUAUGCCUAGUAUACUCGCACAAGUGGUCCUCUGUGAAGAUCUUGUUUUGUUGUUUGACCAAGAGGUUGAAGCAAUUGGGGUGAUCGAUUGAAUCUUC